AUGUUUGAGUUUAAAAUUUUCUGGCCGUUAUGUUUUUCUUUAUUUAUUUUACCUUUUACGUGCUCCGAACUAGAAAACCACGAAACUGAGUUGGCAGAAGAAUUAUAUAAGAAGUUGUUCAAGCAACAAAGAGCAGAGCAAUUAACGGCAAUAAAGAAUUUCCAGAAAACUUCCAGUUAUGAAAAGCAAUACCAGAUGAUAACUCUGAUGGCUGAAAGGAUAUUUGAUAAUAUCCUUGAAAGCAGAGUAUUAAUAGAAGCAUCACCAUUUAUACCUGGCGUAUCAGACUUCCCAUCUGAUAUAGAGAUAAGAGACGCCCUUUCCAACAUAUUAGAAAACACAGCACUAUUUUCAGAUAUUGUGCUAAGAUUUCCUGAAAUGUCUGCUAAUUUACUACGUGAUAACAACAAUUGGGACUUGGUGCUACAAUGGGGCAUCGCGUUUUGUGAUCAAAUGAAGUACCUUUUAGAUUCUAGUACAGUCAAAUUAUUAAAACUUGUUAGUCAAGAAUUAAAUUAUAUCUAUCGUGAUACUAAUUAUGUGAAUCCUUAUAAAAAGAGUCCUGUCAGAGAAGAGGAAAUAUUGGAACAGAAGCCACCAAAGAAGAGGAAAGUUCUUAAAAAGGGACCAAAGUUGUCUAACCAUUUUGAACUGUAG